AUGUCCUCAACCGACCCUACAAAGCCUAGAGUGGUCUUUAUAUCCGGCCCGAUCGACACAGGCCCAGACAAAAGCUACUUCACAACGCACUACAAACCGCCCAUCGACACCGCAAUCGCCUCCGGACACAACUUCGUCAUCGGACCCAUCACAUCCGGCAUUGACGCCGACGCUCUAACAUACCUGCUAGAAUACCCCAUCUCCCCGUCCCGAAUCACCAUCUUCAUGACGGUCGGGGAGGAUAAAGCCUGGGGCCAACAGUUCCGGGACAAGGGGGUUAACGUGUACGUGUUGGAGGAUAUCAUGGCGAAUUCGCAGAAUCGGGAUGCGGAGAUGACGGCCAAGAGUGAUUAUGAUGUUCUCCGGUGGAGGACGGAAAACGAGGCGAAGAGGUUUUAUGGGGAUUUGUAUAGGGAGGGGCACUUGACGAAUACGGAGAGGAAUUGGAGGAGGCGGAGGGGGAUUGGGUUUGGGGAGUUUUUGAGUCAAGAGGAUUAUAGAAAGCUUGGAUAUGAGGGUUUUACAGAGGAUACAGAGGAUACUGGGGAUACUGGGACCUGGAGGCGGAUUAAGGAUAAAUUAAGGAGUAGAUGA